GCUUCUUCCCUUGAGCAGCUCAAGGCUACUGGCUCCAUCGUAGUCUGCGACUCUACUAUCGACAAAUAUGAACCACAGGACAAUACAACAAAUCCCUCCCUCAUCCUUGCUGCAUCGAAAAAAGCCGAAUAUGCUAAACUUGUUAACGCUGCCAUCGAGUAUGGUAAGAAGCAGGGGAACUCUAUCGACGUGCAAGUCGACUCAACUCUAGAUCGUCUCCUUGUUGAGUUUGGGAAGGAGAUUCUCAAUAUCAUACCCGGUAAAAUCUCCACUGAGGUUGACGCGCGCUUCUCCUUUGACACUGAAGCUUUCGUCAAUAAAGCGCUGCAUAUUAUCAAGCUUUUUCAAGAGAUUGGUAUUCCCAAAGAACGCGUCCUGGUCAAAGUAGCCUCCACCUGGGAAGGCAUUCAAGCCGUUCGCAUUCUACAAUCCAAGCAUGGAAUCAAUUGUAAUUUAACUCUCAUGUUUUCGCUCGUGCAGGCUAUGGCCGCUGCCGAGGCGGGUGCCUUCCUAGUUUCUCCCUUUGUCGGCCGAAUUCUGGACUGGUUCAAGGCCACCCAAAAGCAUGACUACACCGCGGAAGAUGACCCCGGUGUGAAGUCUGUGCAGAGCAUCUACAAUUACUACAAAAGGCACGGCUACAGGACGAUUCUUUAUAACUCCUUCGACUCUGUACCGAAAAGGCUAGACCAAACUUCCGCGACCGGCCUCGAUAUUACAAAGCGCAGCUACCUCAAUCAUGAGGCCCUCUUUCGUUUUGAUCUGAACGAGGAUGUGAUGGCUGUCGAAAAGUUGCACGAGAGUAUUUCCAAAUUUGCAGUAGAUGCCGACGCUUUGAAGGAUUUGCUGAAGCAGAAACUCCAAGCGUAG